CGGCGGCGGUGGUGGGGUGGUGGUGGUGGUGGUGGUGGUGGUGGUGGUGGGGAGGAUAGAGUUAUGGCUACGGCUCAGCAGAUAUUGAAUAGCCUUAAUACUCCUAAGGAUGUUCGAGACGAUAUGCUUUUGAUCUUCUCUAGUUUUGAUAAUCGUCUUUCUAAUAUCACCAGUUUGGUCAACAGUGGGGAUUCGAAGAAAGAGGAGGAUCGAUUCGAAGCUGCUGAGAAGGUGAUUCUUCGUUGGGAUUCUGGUCAUGGAGCUUCUCGGAACUCAAUUAAUUGGGAAGACUCGCCUGAUGAGGCGGCUGAGUACUUAACUGCGGUUGAUGAUAUUAUUCAGUGGAUCGACGACUUGUCGAUUCGUUCGGAUUCUGCUGAGAUCGUCGACCGUGCUGAGAACGCGAUCCAGAUCGCUAUGUCGAGGCUUGAGGAUGAGUUUCGUCAUAUGUUGAUUCGGAGCACCGUUCCUCUCGAUGCUGACCAUCUCUACGGUUCAAUUCGUAAGGUUUCCCUUUCUUUUGCUUCACACGACAGCGAAAAAUCCGAUGAAUUUGAGUCGUUUGCUGAUACUCACCGUGGUUCCGGUAUCUAUCAUGAGCGUGGUGUCAGUUUGGGAGAUGAUUUGAGGGUUGAUUUGAUCCAUCCUGACGCCGUUGUUGAUUUGAAGGAGAUCGCCGACCGGAUGAUUCGUUCUGGAUACGAGAAAGAGUGUGUUAAUGUGUAUACUGGUGUUCGUCGGGAUGCUUUAGAUGAGUGCUUGGUGGUUCUUGGAGUUGAAAAGCUAAGUAUUGAGGAUGUUCAGAAAAUUGAUUGGAAAGUCUUAGACGAGAAGAUGAAGAAAUGGAUCCAAGCUGUUAAGGUUAGUGUUCGAGUACUUUUGACGGGGGAGAAGCGAUUGUCUGACUAUAUCUUUAGUGGGUCCGAUGAUUCUGAAGAAGUUUGCUUCAAUGAGACUGCAAAAGGGUGCAUCAGACAAUUAUUGAAUUUUGCUGAAGCCAUUGCUAUAGGGGAAAGGUCAGUGGAGAAGCUAUUCCGUAUUCUAGAUAUGUAUGAAGCUCUGGAAUACGUUUUCCCAGAAUUGCAGGCUAUGGUCACUGAUGAAUUUGUGAUUGAGGAGGCGCGAGGAGUACUUUCUAGGUUGGGAGAGGCCGCCAAAGGUACAUUUGUUGAAUUUGAGAAUGCUGUUCGGAGUGAAACUUCCAAGAAAACAAUGUUAAAUGCUGAGAUUCACCCGCUUACUCGUUAUGUCAUGAAUUACUUAACAUUGGUUGUGGUUUAUAGUAAGACUCUUGAUGCACUCUUAGAAGGUGAUGAUGAGGAUUUGCAUCAUCUAGGGGUUGAUGGUGCUGACAAUUUGGAGUUAGAAACUAUGUCGCCUCUAGGUCGUCGUUUGUUUUCAUUGAUAGCAAACCUGGAGACCAAUCUAGAGAGAAAAUCCAAACUCUAUGGUGAUGAUUCAAUACAAUAUAUAUUCCUCAUGAACAAUAUACAAUAUAUUGUGCAAAAAGUAAAAGAUUCUGAGCUUGGAAAGCUCUUGGGUGACCGCUGGGUACGUAAGCGCCGAGGCCAGGUUCGCAUAUAUGCAACAAACUAUCUUAGGGCGUCUUGGGGAAAAUUAUUAUCCUUUUUGAAGGAAGAAGGAACUGGUGGAAGCUCCAACAGUGCCCUGAAACUAGCUACUUUAAAGGAAAAAUUCAAAAAUUUCAAUGCUGGCUUUGAGGAAAUCUAUAGAGUUCAGACAGGUUGGAAGGUUCCAGAUGCUCAACUACGAGAAGAGCUCCGAAUUUCAGUGUCCGCAAAAGCUCUACCUGCCUAUCGUGCCUUCUUGGGAAGACAUGGAAGUCAGUUAGAGAAUACAAGACAUGCUGGGAGGUAUAUAAAGUACACAUCAGAUGACUUGGAAGGCUAUCUAUUGGAUUUGUUUGAAGGAUCAUCUUGUGUUAUACAUCACUUACGAAGAAAAAGUAGUUCAUAGAGAGAUACUGAACCGACUCUAUUGACAGCUUUGGUUUUUGACAAGUUUGGAUGGGGAAACAAUCAAUUUUGAAGGUCUUAUUGGUGGCAAUUUUAUAGUCUUUUAUGGCUUUUGGUUGCUUUAGUUUACCAUCUAUCUAUUGUCCUCUUAUUGAGACUUGAGAGAAACAUCUUCUAUAGCAGCUUAUCUAAAAUGGGGGAUGUUCAUAUCCUCCUUCCUUCCCAUAUUCAUGGAUGUUUUAGCCAAUGAACCAUCGACACAUAUUGUCAAGAGAAACUAUGUCUAUUCUUAUGGUCUAAGAAUGUAAAUUAGCUUGCUAUGAAUGGUAACUCUUUCUAUUGUCUUGUAAUGGUAUGAAGAUCCUACACGUGAUGACUUGGCUUCA